AUGGUGGAAGCAGACAGAGUCGAGGAGGACCUUGAAUUUAAGUGGGGUAAAAAGAAAGGAGUUGGUGGGAAAAAGAAAGAUUUUCAGUUUUAUCAAUCUUUUACCUAUGAUGGUGUGGAGUAUGAACUUUAUGAUUGUGUUUAUUUGUUGGCUGCUGGGGAAUCUGAACCUCAUAUUGGUAAACUUAUAAAAAUAUUGGAGAAUCCUCUCAAGAAAAAGACAGUGAAGGUUCUAUGGUUUUUCCGCCCUUGCGAGAUGCUUAAGUAUCCUGGAGUGGUUGUAGAUACAGCCGAAAAUGAAUUAUUUUUGGCUUCUGGCGAAGGUGCAGGCCUUGCAAAUAUGAAUCCUUUGGAAGCGAUUGCUGGAAAAUGCAACGUUGUUUGCACAUCAAAGGACAGUAGAAAUCCACAACCCUCAGAUGAAGAACUUCAAAAGGCUGACUUUAUAUUUUACCGUGGCUUUGACGUUAAAGACUUGAAAAUCCUGGAUAAAAUAGAAGAAAAAGUAGCUGGGAUUGAAGUUAAAUGUAUGUUUAAUAGACCGGGUCUUCAGAAGCCCGGUGUUCUGAAUCUUGAUUCUGACAAGAAAGGAGUUGGUGGAAAUGCUGUAGCAGGUAAUGAAACAGAGGUUCCUUCCAAGAGAAACCCAUCUAAAGAGCACACAACUCUAUCGACCAAUAGAAUUUCUGUUGAUUCUCUAGGGAAAGAACACGCUGAUUCAAAUGCUUCAUUGGUUAAACGGAAAGCUUCACUUAGAGAAAACCCUGCAUAUAGUGUAGGUGUAGAAAUAGGUGAAAUGCCUCUGAAUAACGAUGAAAUGGAGAAUGUCUCCGUUGACCACACCAAAUCAAGGUCUGAAGUUAGAGAAAAUACAGACUCAAAAGCUUCUCUUGAGGAAAAAGUAAAAUCUGCUAAGGAUUGUGGUGAUCUGGAUGAUAGGCCAGCUAAGAAGGCAAAAAUUGAAGGUUCUAUUAAAGUAUCUGAUGAUAAGAAUGAGAAGAAUAUGCAGAAGUUAAGUGUUGAUUUGGAUGGUAAUGAUCCAAAGGCUUUAGCAACCAUAGCUGCUUCUGAAGAGAAGCCUACACUUAAGCUUGCAGAGGAUUCUCAAGGGGCUGAAAAAGGGCCUUCUAAGGAGGUGCCUGAUGAGAAAACAAAACAUUCUAAUGGGAAGUUGCUUGAAGCAUCUCAAAGACAGUCUCCAGAUGUGGACAAAAAAAUGGAUCACCAAAUAAUGGAAGUUGCCCGAAGAACAGAUGUGGAUAGUGCUUGGAAUGCCUUCCAGAAAAGUUGCACAGCAAAGAUGAUGCAGCGGUCUUCAAUUUCUAGCACUCACGCGGACGAGAACCUGAAAGAUGAGGCUAGUAUGCACGUGGCUCAAGCUUCUUCUAAGUUGAAAGGGGGGAAAAAGAAAAUGGGAAACAAACGAGAUGGCAAGCAAGUUGCUAUUGGAGUGAAUAAAGUGGGAAACAAAGGGUUUAGAGACCAUAUAAUUGAGAGAAAGGAAAAUGUGCCCAAUGCUUGA